AUGCAACGCAAGCUCUCCGCGUCUGCAGCUCAGCUGGAGCCGUACAGCAUGAUCACCCAGACCGGCUGCGUGCGCAUCUCGCGGUGCACGCAGGUCCUGGCGCUGCUCCAGCGCACCAGGCGGCAGUACCUGCGCCAGAAGCUGAUAAUGACCGCCGAGGUCGUUUCUCCGCUGCUCUUUGUCCUUCUCCUUAUCAUCCUGAACGUUGCCUUUGGAGCCGAUUCCAUCCCUGAGACCAUCUUCACAGCCACUACCCUCUACAGCUACCAGCUGAGCUCGAAGGACUACAGGACAUACCUGUGCUACAAUGACACGAUGCGACCAAUCAAGGGCCUGGACUUGUGUGCCCACGUCGACUUCCCAUACGUGUGCGACGGCGACGAGUCGGACAUUCCAGUGUAUGGGCUGUGCUACCUUAGCCCCUUCGUCACCCCUGCCGCGGUGGUGAAGCAGUACGUCGACUCGUUUAUGGGGAUCCUCAUUGCGCUUCCGUCCCUCGACUCGAUCAUCGUGCACCAGUGGAUGGCCAAGAAGGCUGGCCUGGCCAAGGACUCCCGUUCCCGCACCGCCCUGGCGGCGCUCUCGAGCGUCGGCAUCGCCGUGUCCUCCGCGACUCGUUUCGACUCCAUCUCGCACUCGGGCCUCCUUUACUUCGCCCCCGCUGCAAAGGUGCCGGCGGCACUGAUUGAAUACUUUCAAAGCCACUCCGCUAUGUUUGAGUACGUCUACGGCGGCGUCUUUGACACAGUCGCAGAGGCGCAGGCAGCCAUAAAAGUCAACAGUGCAGAUGAGUUGCGCAGUUCCACCUGGGGCCUAAUCAUUGUCAACGACAUUACAGAUGGCUUUGAUGUGCAAGUGCAGCUGCAUAGCUCCGCGUUGCCGUCGCUGUCGCUGCCGACGGUAUCGCUGGAGUUUCGCGGAGGCUUCACGUACGACGGUACCGACAUGUUCCUCGCUUCUGGCUUCCUGUCACUGCAACAGGUGAUGUACACAUACUUUUACGAGAGCAAGGCUCAGGCAGGAACGCUAGCCAACCUUAACAGCGGCGCAGUCAACCCGUACACGCUCAAGGAGAUCUACCCCGUUAUCGCCUCCUACCCCUCCAUCGCUUCGGAGACGCCGUACCUGCUCUCGCUCUCCCCCUCCCUCGUCGCCUUCGUGGUGGUGUUGUCCUUCCUCUACCCCUUCGCUCAGGUGACAAAGCGCGUUGUGCUGGAGAAGGAGCUGUGCAUUCAGGAGUCCAUAUGUAUUAUGGGACUGAAGCGCUCCUCCUGGUGGAUACAUUUUCUUCUGGUCAUCUUCUUCGAGUACGCACUCAUCUCGAUUCUGCUGACAGCUCUCCUGUGCGCCGUCAUUGCGCCGCGCUCAAACCCCUUCGCCGUCUUCGUUAUCCUGUUCGUGUACUGCCUCACCCUGAUCCCGCUGUGCGGCCUCGUCUCUGCCUUCUUCAGUCGUGCUCGCAUGGCGGCGCUGAUGUCGCCGCUGGUCUAUUUUGUCCUCUCAAUCCCAGUCUUCGCCAUGGGCGCAGCGAACCGCGUCACCGUCAUCGGCCUGUCGGUUUUCUCUCCGAACGCACUCGCCUCGCUCCUGAAGGUAGUCUUCACCGUCGAGGCGGGCGGCGGCUUUCACAUGGCCCACUUCCAAAGCCCCUACUUCAACCCCGAGCCGUACCUUAUCAUGGUCAUUCUCGCGUGCGACUGUGUUCUUUACCUACUCCUCAUGCUCUACCUCGAUGCCGUGCUGCCACGAGAGUGGGGCACCCCCAGGCACCCGCUCUUCUUUAUUUUCGAGCUGUGGGCGCAACUGAAGAGCGCCUACGGCUGCAGCAAGCGUAUCCUCAGUAGGUACCAGUAUGGAAGUGCAUCUCAGCCUUCAGCUGGCACGGCGGCCACGUCAAGGACGCUAGAUGCAGUGACAGUAACUAGUGAGCAGCUCGAGAGCGGCAAGAUGGGUGGCGAUGUCACUGCUGCGCUGGCCCUCGACCACAGUGCAAGUGGGAACUCCCCGACUGGCGAUGAGAAGGAUGUCAGCGUUUGCAUCAAUCACCUCUGCAAGUACUUCAAGCGCAACGGUAGGCGCUUUGCGGCGGUGGACAACGUAUCGUGGAACAUGUAUCGUGGUGAAAUCGCCGUGUUGCUGGGGCCGAACGGUUCUGGCAAAUCAACGACGAUCAAGAUGAUCACCGGCAUGCUGGCCCCCGACAGCGGCGAAUGCUUCAUCGAAGGCUACUCGAUGACUCGGCAUGUGGCUGAAGCGCGGCGAGAGAUCGGUUACUGCCCACAGCACAACAUCCUGUGGCCUGACCUGACCUGUCGCGAGCACCUCGAGUUCUACGGCAAGAUCAAGGGGCUGCGCGGAGCUGAGCUGGAGGACGCUGUCGUGGAUGUUCUCCGUGCCGUCGAUCUCGAGGAAAAGAUGGACGCCAUUCCGAUGCUCAUGUCAGGUGGCCAGAAGAGGAAACUGUCCGUCGCGAUCGCCUUUGUGGGCCGCAACCGUGUCGUUUUCCUCGAUGAGCCAACCGCUGGCAUGGACGCGGCUGCGCGACGCCACACGUGGUCCCUUCUGCGCGCCAUGACCCGGUACCACACGAUUCUCCUGACGACGCACUACAUGGACGAGGCGGACCUGCUUGGUGACAACAUCGCCAUUGUGGCGGAGGGCGCGCUGCAGUGCGCGGGAAGCACGGCGCUCCUGCGCCAGUAUGCGGGGGUUGGCUACACGCUUCGCUUCGAUCUCACUCCCGUCUUGACGCAAGGGUAUGACGAUGCGGCCCGGCAAGCCAAGGCUGUCGCAGUGUGGGCUGAGCUCCAUCAACUGGUCAUUUCGCAUCUCCCCGAUUCCACCCUGGUGCUGCAGACAGAUGCAGAAGUAGAGUACGAGCUGCGACUCAGCACCGAUGCACGCCUGACAGAGUUUUUGAAGGAUAUGGAGUCGCGCGGCAACCGGCAGCUACAUAUCCGCAGCUACGCGCUGCGGGCGCCGACGCUGGAGGAUGUUUUCCUGCGCGUCGUCGAGCACCAGAUCGCACCGCCUUCACAGGUGGCAGUGGAGCGGGCAUCGGACGAGGCGCCGGCACGCGAGCAGUUCGGCGGCGGCAAAGACGGUGAGAACGAUGGUCAGAAAACCGAUAUGCGAGCAUUUGGCGCACCGAACGCUAGCGGCAGCACCGAUAAGCCCAGAAGUCCAGUCGCCAUUGUCGCGUGCGCGACGUCUUCUCCGUUGAAUCGCCGCAUGUCGCGCGCCUCGCUGCGCUACCUCAACAACGAAUCGACGCUGAACUACGGCACCAACGCGAGGCCCAGCGCUAGCGACGAGGACCCCAUCGCCGACUUUGCGGCUUCGAGCCCAAUACAACGCUGGGCACCAAGCAGCAUUUUGGGCGCGAGGGCGAUAGCUGCCGCUGAACCCGAUGGCGGCGAUGCGACUGACGCACGCCUCGCCGGUAUCGCCAAGAACACUAAUGCGAGCGUCACGGAGAAGCAGCAGCAUCAGUACCAGGGAAACACCACAACGGUUAUCUCAGAUGGCGACAUCUCUGAAGUGGCCAUAGAAGUGGCUUGCGUGAACCGUCCAGGCAGAGUGUCCUGCCCACCACUCUCAGGGGCCAUGUUGAGCAAAAGCCCCAGGCAAACCGACCCUGUCUCCGCCUCCACCGCAGCUGUAGUACCAGAGAUGGGCUGGAAUGCCUGCAACAAGGCCCUCUUCUACAAGUGCGCCACUGACCGUCACCUCGACCAGGUCUGGGCGGUACAGCACACGUCGCAGCGCUGGCGCCUGUGGGGGCUGCAGCUGCGUGGUAUGAUAUACAAGCGCUUCCUCUGCGCCAUCCGAGACCCACGCAUGCAGUUUUUUCAGAUCGUCUGCCCGGUCUUUUGCACCCUCCUGGCGAUGUCGCUGCAGCUGGUGAAGGGCGGCAAUGGGGGGACGCUGCACCUCUCUCCCUCGGCUUUCGGCGUGCAGUCGGCGAUGCAGGUGUCGGGGUGCACAAACUACAUGGGCGAUGUGGCACACAUGCACACAUAUGGGCACAACUUUAGCGAGGUGUCUUUUAGUGAUCCCAACUUCGUCAAUUCCACGGACAUGUCCAAAGAGCUGCUCGACACGUGGCUCACUCAUAGCCGCAAUCGCUUCAUGAGCCUGCAGUGCGGCGACCCCUACAUAGAGCUGUACCUGACCCUCUUCUAUCCCCAUGUCAUCGGCGCGCGGCAGGUCAACACGCUCCUGUACAACACCUCCUCGCGCAACAGUCUUCCGAUAGCGAUGCACAUGACUCACGCGCUGGCAUACUUCGGCGCCCUCGGCACGAGUGCUGAUGCGGCCGCAGCCACCUACACGAUGAGCUUGACUGGACUGCCGCAGGACGCAAAGACGACGCAGACAGCAAACACCAUUCCCAGCAUUCUCAUUGGCGUCAUCGUGCUGAUCCCGUUCACCUUUCUGCCGGCUAACCCGGUGGCGUGGGUGGUGAAGGAGUACGAGUCGCGUGCGCGGCACCUGCAGACUGUCUCGGGGCUCUUCUACCUCGUUUACUGGCUUGGCAACUUCCUGUUCGACUUCACCGCCUACGUCGUGUCCAUGAUCUUCAUCAUCGUCAUCUUUGCCAUCUUCCAGCGCUCGGAGUACAUUGGCUAUGAGACGAUCGGGGCCACCAUUACCGCCUUCGCCAUUUAUGGUGUUUGCUAUUGCUGCUUCUCCUACAUGGUGAGCUUUGCCUUUACCGAGCACACAACGGCGCAGAUUUUUGUGCUGGGUGUGAGCUUCAUCACGGGCUUCCUGUGCGUUAUGCUGGUGUUCAUGUUGAGUCUGCUCGACAAAACGCUCUCGGCGUCGAACUCGCUGCGAUGGAUCUUCCGCCUGCUGCCGCCCUACUCCAUUGGUGAGGUGAUCCUCAACCUGGCGCUGCUGGAGCAGAAGAAGAUGACGGACCCGUCGUUGACGGCGUGGAGCAUGUCCAUCACGGUCUGGCCUGACAUCUACAUGGCCAUCGAGGCCCCAAUCUUCGCCGCCAUCACGCUGCUCUGGGAUCACCCCAACCGGCGCGCGGUCAUCGACCGGAUUCGUGUUUGGUGGGCCGCGCAGUGCUGCCGCUGCUCCGGUGGGAGGCGGCGCUGUCCACAUCGCACGCAAAAGGAGGACCAACAAGGCCAGCAGGCGACAAUGCCCGGCGCGGCUGUCGCCAUACCCACUGUGGCAGCAGCGGGUGACACCAACGCCUCACUUCAAAGCGCUAUGUUGCCCAUUCUGCGAAGCCACAGAAAUGGCUCUCUGACGUUCAGGGGCAAGGAGACGGCAGCGGUGGCGGCCACGGAAUCAAAAGUGUUGCUGCAAAGCCUCCCGCUACAGGCCAGCGUCGUCGUCUCUACCGCCCAUUCUUCUCCACACAAGCGACAGGAGGAGGAGGAGGAGCAGCUAGCGGCGCACGCGGCCCCACUCCCGGUUGGCGCUCAGAACAGCGGCGAUGCAUUGCCCAUGACGCUGAUUGCUGAAGUGGACGCAAACGUAGGAAGCGGUGUCGUAGGGUCAACUGAGGCCACGUUGAUGGGUAUUACAGGGGCACAGCAGAGUCCACAACAGCUGACGAGUGGUCGGCCCAUGAGCAGCCGCACGAACGGCGCCACGCAGCCUGCGCCGCUCCAGAUGGUCUACCCGCCUCCAUGGUGGCACAAGGCGGAGGUGCUACGGCGGGGCGAGGAGGACAGCGACGUCGAGGAGGAACGCUGCGCCGUCUACCAAGCCGAGCGGCAGCAACUCGCCGAACAGGAACGACCGUUCAUCAGCGUUGCCUCGCCGCGCCCCCACUCACGCGGCCCAACCCACCAACGACAGAUCGAACCGACGGUGGAGUCGUGUGAUGUGGUUCGUGUUGUCGAUCUCCGCAAGGUCUACAAGGCGCCGCGCAAGGUGGCAGUGAGUGCGCUGACGUUCAGUGUCAUGGCCGGUGAGGUAUUCGGCUUCCUCGGCACCAACGGCGCCGGCAAGAGCUCUGUCUUGUCCAUCAUCACACAGGAGCAGCAGCCGACGAGCGGCCGCGCCUAUGUGUGCGGCAACGACGUGGUGCGCUCGAGCCGGCGCGCAGCUGAGUGUCUUGGGUACAGCCCGCAGUUCGAUGCGUGUCUCGACCUCCUCACCGUGACGGAGCACCUGCGUCUCUACGCCAUGGUGCACGGUGUGCCCGUCGGACAGCUGGACAACCUCGUCACCAGCCUCCUGGCCACCUGCAACCUCACGCAGUAUCGUCAUGUCUCUCCCAGCCAGCUCUCGGGCGGCAACCGGCGAAAACUGAGCGUGGCCAUCGCGCUGAUCGGGGCACCCAAAGUGUUGUGCCUGGACGAACCAAGCUCCGGAAUGGACCCGCUGGCGCGGCACCUGCUCUGGCGUUUUCUGGAUCGCGUCUCUCGCAAGUGCUCCAUCAUUCUCACGACACACCACCUGGAGGAAGUGGAAGCCCUCGCGGACUGCGUCGGUAUCAUGGUAGACGGUGGUCUACGCUGCUUCGGCGACCUGCCACACCUGAAGCACAAGUACGCCCGAAACGCCUAUGAGCUGACGCUGCGCGUUUCGCCGGCGGGGCGUCGGAGCGCGCAGAAACGCCGCGAAGAGCAGUAUCAGCGCGCCACAGCGGAGGACGGCGUCUCACCUGUGACGAACUGCCAACGUUCAAACGCAAGUAGUCCGCACGGCCUGAGCAGCAACAACCAGAGCAACACGAUCAACUCCGCGCUGGGUCGUCGCAUGUCCACCUCCUACGCCGGCAACGACCUCAUCGACACCUCCGAUGACAUCUUUCAGUUCAUGCUCAAGACGUUCCCAUCGGCGCUGCUCAUCGACACCUUCAACAACGAGCGGUACAUCUACACUCUGCCGGCGACCCGCGACGUGGCGGACGCCAUGCAGCAGCUCCUGCAGGAGCAGCGAAGUCAGAGCAGUAUGCCGUUUGCGCAGACCCCAUUAGCCAACGCGGAGUAUGCCGGUCGCCGCAGCACUGCCAAUGCGGUCCAAAGUUCCCCGCCGAUUGUGCGCCUAUCAGAGGUGUUUGAGACACUGCGGGCCGCUCAGGGGGAGCUGGGUGUCACGGAGUACAGCGUGUCGCAAGUGUCGCUCGAGCAGGUGUUCCUGCGCGUGUGUAACGCCGGGGAAGCGGUCAGGCGGGACCGCCACCGCAACCGCCCCAUCCCUGCCGCCCAGUCUGGUCAGCCUACAACCUUCGUCGUCAACUCAAACACAUCCGGCGGCGUGACUCCUCAUGGCCCUCUGCCGCAGCGACAUGGGACCUGCGCGACUUUCAUGGCGCAGAGCUCGGCUGAAUCGAUGAGUGAGGGCGGUGCGUCGCCGUCACAGCGUCUGUUGAGCAUACCGUUGUACAGUGGCCUUCCUGGUGGCGCGGUGUCGCCUCGUGGGACCUUCGCCGAGUACCGCCGUCAACGCGCCCUGUGUCGACUUCGCACUGAAGCGGCUGAGCCGCACUUCACCCCGUCGAAGCAGCGCCAGAUGGUACAGCCUGAUCACGAGAGCACGCCCUGA